GGCCGCCCAUAUACUUCGGCUCUGUGUCUGCACGGAAGUAGGUAUCCGACCGGAAUACCGUCCUCACCGAACAUCUCCGCUAUCACGCGGACUCCCAGUGUUAUACGGCGUUCGGCUAUGGACGACCUUACCAAGACCCAGCGCGAUGCCGUAGAGCAGCUUCAAACGCUCACCAAUGGUUCCGACGCCGACGUGGCAAUUGAAAUCCUCAAGAGCGCCGGCUGGGACGUGCAGGUCGCUGCAGAGAUGAUUUUUGACGGCCCUUCGGCCGGACAGUCCUCUGCUCCUGGUCCAUCGCGUCCUCCCAUUGAACAAUUCGAGCUCGACGAUUCGGAGCAAGGCCAAAUCCUUCCGCGAGGCACCCCUACGUUCGUGACUCCACGUCAAAGCACCAUUUGGACGAUCCUAUCAUUCCCUUUCAAUCUCUUGUCGAACAUGCUUCGCUUCAUCUUCGGCAUUUUGCGUAUUCCAUUCCCUCGACUGAACUUCACGGGCUCUCUGUCUACGUAUCGACCGCCGUCUGGGCCGUCUUUUGGCCAGGUUGACCCGCGUACUGCCGCGGAUCGAUGGGUUCGGGCGCUAGAAGAGGAGACGGGCGCAAUAUGUGCGACCGGCGCAGCCUCCGGUGUCAGCGCCAACGGGAACAGCACGGGAUCCUCGACGCUCACGCACCGCCAUGCGGAGGAUGAUGGACGCAAGUCACUACCAGAUUUCGUCAGGUCGAGUUAUGAGCAGGCGCUGAAGCUCUGCGAACGUGAGGCGAGGAUUGGAUGCAUUGUACUCGUCAGUGACGAACACGACGACGUGCCGGAGUUUAAGAGGGUCACUCUCACGGAUCCCAGGUUACUCCAACUGCUUUUUGACAACGACUUCGUCGUCUGGGGUGGCGAUGUUCGAGAUAAGGAUGCAUGGAUGGCCGCUCAGAAGCUUGAAACUACCACAUAUCCAUUCGUAGCCUUCGUCGCUUUGCAACCUCAGCGCGGAGCGUCGCGCUCCUCGAGCACGACCGGUAACAUGACCGUGUUGUCCCGCCACCAAGGGCCCGCCACGCCUGAUGCUGGCCCAACUUCCGCAUCGAAGCUUGUCGCGCACCUGGAGACACAGCUCCUCCCGCGAGUAAAGCCGUUCUUAGACAGGGUUCGCGCCACGUUGCGAGAAAGGGAGCACGAACGUGACUUGCGGCGGAUGCAAGAGGAGGCCUUCGAAGUUGCUGCGCGGAAGGACAGGGAAAGGAUCGAACGCCGGAUAGAGGAGGAACGCCGGCAGCAGCGCGAACAGCAGGAGCGCGAGCAGAAGGAGAGAGAGGAGCGCGAGAAGAAGGCCUCAGAAGAGCUGGAGAAAGCACGCUGGCAGGAGAAGAGGGGUGCUUGGCGCCGGUGGGCAAGGCGUGCCCUCGUACCCCCGGAAGCCAAGAAGGGCGGGAUUCGAGUCACUGUGCGCAUGCCCGAUGGUUCGAGGCGGAUCCGCAUCCUCUCACCUGAGGACUCGCUCACCGGCCUUUACGCAUUCGUCGACUCGCAAUUUCUGCCGUCAUCCCAAUCACCUACGGACGACCCGACGGAUGUGCCUCAGGGCUUUGAACCUGGAGACCCAGGCAUCCAAUCGCAGAUCCGAGCUGUUGGUGGAGCAGACAGUUGGUGGGGAUUUGAGUUAUUCUUCGCGUACCCCCGAAAGGAGCUUCCUUGGGCACCCAACACGAAACUUCGAGACAUUCCGCAGAUGAAUGGGGGCGCCCAAUUAGUUGUUGAGAGACGACCUGCAGAUGCUGGAGACGACGGCAGUGACAGCGAUAGCUGAAUCUUUUCGCGCAGUAUCUUUCCCACACUUAAUCUAGGAUCUGGCUAUAGUUACUCUCGAGCACACUGGACUUAAUCUAUAAUGACAUGGCUCGUCCGAC